GCUCCACGAUAUUCACUCAGAAACGACAAAGAGUCAGUAUGCUAAAAGGUGGAAAAAGAAACAAUAAUAAAUAGAGUGGACACAGAUCCUAACCUGCGAGCUCCACAAAAGAAACCAUUCCGAGAUCGAUGCUAGUAGUGCAUCACUGAUGAGCAACCUCACACAAGGACAGAUCAAAUCAUCAAUGGCUUCUCAUCUUGGCAUCAUGCAAGGUAGAUUAGGUUGGUCGAUUGCAUCGGCAUGCGAGCAGCAGCAGGAGGAGGAUUCUCUGUGUUUCCAGGCUAACCUGAUCGAUCUCGCCAACAUUCUUCUCCUCGUCGUCUACCUCGCGACGCUGGUGAUCGCCGGAUGCGAGAAGCGAUUCUUGGUUGCGGCGAGGUGGGGCGGCCUGCGGCUGCGGCCGCCAUGGCUGUGCCUCGUUGCUUCUCCUUGCUGCGCUGUUCUUGGCGUCGCUUGCGUGUGCUUGGGAGCGCUGAGGUCGUCGUCGUCGUCGGCGUCGGCGGCGGCGGCGGUGGCGGUGGUGAGAGGGGUUGUGUGGGUGUUCGUCGCGGUGUCCGUGGUGGUUCGGCCGACGAGGUUGUCGAGCGCCGUGGCCAUGGCGUGGUGGGCGGCGAUGGCGGCGAUGAGGACGGCGUACGGCGUAGAGGUGGUGGCGAGGGGUGGCUCGCUGCCGGUUCUUGAUGUCGCGGCAUGGGGGGUCAGCUUGGUGCUGCUCCUGUGCGUGUUCGUGGUUGGUCGAGCCGGCCGCCGUGAUGAUGUCGCCGGUGGCGGCGACGGCGAGACGUCGACCGAGCCGUUGCUGUCGGCGAGAGGCGGCGGCGAGCGGUCGUCGGCGUUCGGCGAGGCUGGGUUCCUGAGCAGGUUGCUGUUCACGUGGAUGAACCCGUUGCUGCGGCUGGGUUACUCCAAGCCGCUCGGCCUCGGCGACGUCCCGCCGCUUGACGCCGACGACGAGGCGGCGCAGGCGUGCGACACGUUCCUGCGAGAAUGGCACCGGCGGCGGAGCGCGACGCCGGGCGGCGGCGGCGAGGAGAAGGCGGCGAGCAGGCUGGUGUUCGCGGUGCUCGCCGCGUGCUACAAGAAGGACCUCCUCCUGACGGCGCUCUACACGCUGCUCCGGACGGCGGCGUUCGGCGCCAUGCCGGUGAUGCUCUACUCCCUGGUGUCCUACUCCUACCGGCGGCGGGAGCGUGGGCUCGCCGCCGGCAUGGCGCUCAUCGCCGCGCUGGUGGUGAUGAAGCUGGUGGAGUCGCUGUCGCAGCGGCACUGGUUCUUCGGGUCGCGCCGCCUCGGCAUGCGCAUGCGCUCCGCGGCCAUGGCGGCCGUGUUCGAGAAGCAGCUGCGGCUGUCGGGCGAGGCGCGGCGGCGGAACUCCGCCGGCGAGAUCGUCAACUACAUCGCCGUCGACGCGUACCGCCUCGGCGAGUUCCCGUACUGGCUCCACCUCGCGUGGAGCAUGCCGGUUCAGCUCGCCCUCGCCGUCGCGCUCCUCUUCUGGACCGUCGGCGCCGGCGCGCUCCCGGGCCUCGUCCCCGUCGCCGCCUGCGGCGUGCUCAACGUCCCCUUCGCCAAGCUGCUGCAGCGCUACCAGUCGAGGUUCAUGGCGGCGCAGGACGAGCGGCAGCGCGCCACGGCGGAGGCGCUCGGCGCCAUGAAGGUGGUGAAGCUCCAGUCGUGGGAGGAAUUCUUCAGGGGGAACGUGCAGCGGCUGCGCGACGCCGAGGUGCGGUGGCUGGCCGACGCGCAGGUCAGCAAGGCGUACGGCAGCUCGCUAUACUGGAUGUCGCCGACCAUCAUCUCCGCGGUGAUCUUCGCCGGCACGGCGGCGCUCCGGAGCGCGCCGCUGGACGCCGCCGUCGUGUUCACCAUCCUCGCCACGCUCCGCGUCAUCUCGGAGCCGAUGAGGAUGCUGCCGGAGGUGCUGUCCAUCAUGAUCCAGAUCAAGGUGUCGCUGGACCGCAUCGGCAAGUUCCUCAUGGAGGAGGAGUUCCGGGACGACGCCGUCCUGCCAUUACCAAUGCCAAGCUCCGACAUGAUCACCAUGGCCAUCAACAAUGGCGUCUUCAGCUGGGAGCCUAGCAAGGCCAUUGCAACACUGAAAUCCAUCAGCAUCGCAGCAAUGCAGGGCGAGAAGAUCGCCGUCUGCGGUCCGGUUGGCGCGGGGAAAUCGUCAUUGCUCUGCGCAAUGCUCGGAGAAAUACCAAGAAUGUCUGGAUCAGUAGCUAUGUCCGGCUCGAUCGCCUAUGUCCCGCAGACGCCAUGGAUCCAGAGCGGCACGGUGCGCGACAACAUCCUAUUCGGGAAGCCGAUGAACAAUGAGGAGUAUGACAGGGCCAUCAGGUGCUGUGCAUUGGACAAGGACAUGGAGAAUUUCCCCCAUGGCGACCUGACGGAGAUCGGGCAACGAGGCCUGAACAUGAGUGGAGGGCAGAAGCAGAGGAUUCAGCUUGCGAGAGCCGUCUACAAUGGCGCCGACGUCUACCUCCUUGACGAUCCUUUCAGCGCCGUCGAUGCGCAUACCGCUGCGACACUGUUCAAUGAUUGUGUCAUGGCAGCUCUUGAGAACAAGACGGUCAUUCUUGUCACACAUCAAGUUGAGUUCCUCUCCAAGGUUGACAAGAUCCUGGUCAUGGAAAAUGGGGAGAUAACUCAGGAGGGAACUUACAGUGAGCUUCUGCAAUCCGGCACGGCAUUCGAACAGCUUGUGAAUGCGCACAAGGACUCAAAAACAAUACUAGACACCGAUGAUCGCCGAGAAGGAGCAAAAGAACUCGGCGCGUUUCAGUACCAGGUACCACUGAUACAGCAGAACAGUGAGGCAGAGAUCUCAACCGGUAACCUGAAAUCAGUCCAGCUGACAGAAGAGGAGAGGAGGGAGCUAGGAGACAUUGGGCUGAAGCCAUACAAGGAUUAUGUCUCGGUAUCCAAGGGCUGGUUCCUCCUUUCCAUGAUACUAGUCACGCAGUGCGCGUUCUUCGGCCUGCAAUGCCUGGCAACCUACUGGCUUGCAGUAGCAAUUCAGAACCAACAAUUCAGUGCUGGGGUUGUGAUUGGAGUCUAUGCGGUGAUGGCAACUGUAAGCUGCUUGUUUGCAUAUGUUAGGAGCCUCAUUGCCGCGCAUUUUGGACUGAAAGCAUCAAGGGAGUUCUUCUCCAGGUUCAUGGAUUCGGUGUUUAAGGCACCCAUGGUGUUCUUUGAUUCCACUCCCACAGGGAGAAUCAUGACCAGGGCUUCAUCAGAUUUGAGCAUCUUAGACUUUGACAUCCCGUUUGCAAUGACUUUCGUGAUCUCCGGCUCGAUCGAAAUAGCAACAACCAUAGCUAUCAUGAUCUUGGUUACAUGGCAGCUUGUACUGGUUGCUAUUCCUGUCAUAGUUGCACUUCUGUACAUCCAGAGAUACUACAUUGCCUCAGCAAGGGAGCUGGUGAGGAUCAAUGGAACUACAAAGGCACCGGUCAUGAACUACGCAGCGGAGUCGAUGCUGGGAGUGAUCACCAUAAGAGCCUUUGCUGAGACAAAGAGGUUUAUUCAGACAAAUCUUCAGCUCAUCGACACAGAUGCGACACUGUUCUUCUACACAAACGCAGCACUGGAAUGGGUUCUUUUGCGCGUCGAGGCUCUACAGAUCUUGGUUAUUGUUGCAUCAUCCAUCCUCCUCGUCUUGCUUCCGGAGGGAGCAGUUGCUCCAGGAUUUCUUGGCCUGUGUCUCUCGUAUGCGUUAAUGCUUUCUUCAGCCCAAGUGUUUGUGACAAGAUUUUACUCAAACCUGGAAAACUACAUCAUAUCUGUGGAGAGAAUCAAACAGUUCAUGCAUCUGCCAGCUGAGCCUCCUGCUGUUAUUACUGACAGAAGGCCUCCCCCUUCAUGGCCAUCUGCAGGAAGGAUAGAAUUGGAGAACUUAAGAGUCAAGUACCGCCGAAAUGCGCCUACGGUAUUACGCGGGAUUACCUGCACAUUUGCAGCAGGACAUAAGAUUGGAGUUGUUGGAAGAACCGGGAGCGGGAAGACGACUCUUCUGAGCACAUUGUUCCGCCUUAUCGACCCGUACAGCGGGAGAAUUCUCAUCGAUGAUCUUGACAUUUGCACCAUAGGGUUGAAAGACCUGAGGAUGAAGCUCAGCAUCAUCCCUCAGGAGCCAACACUUUUCAGAGGCAGUGUAAGGAGCAAUGUUGAUCCUCUGGGUCUGCACACUGAUGAAGACAUUUGGGAGGCUUUAAAUAAGUGUCAGUUGAAGAAGACAAUCAGUGCCCUUCCUGGCCUUCUUGAAUCACCAGUGAGCGACGACGGCGAGAACUGGAGCGCCGGACAACGGCAGCUCUUCUGCCUGGCCCGGGUCCUCCUCCGCAGGAACAAGAUCCUGGUCCUCGACGAGGCGACGGCGUCCAUCGACUCGGCCACCGACGCCGUCCUGCAGAGAGUCAUCAAGCAGGAGUUCUCAGGGUGCACUGUGAUCACCAUAGCUCACAGGGUUCCCACUGUCACUGACAGUGACAUGGUCAUGGUUCUUUCAUACGGGAAACUCAUAGAGUAUGAUAGGCCAUCAAGGCUGAUGGAGAAUGAGGACUCUGCCUUCUGUAAGCUUGUAGCUGAGUACUGGUCCAACUAUAGCUGAAUCUGCCAAGAAAAACGGUCAGGAACAUCAAAUGCAGAAGACCUUCACUGCUUUAUUCUUCAGUGAAUAAGUGGAACUGGAAACUGGGACAUUGCAUUGCUGGCCAAUGAUCAUCCAGAUGGACAUAUAUGAUGCACUAAUGAUCUGGAAAGUAUGUAUGAGGGGAGCUCAUUCAAAACCAGGGGUUCAUGCAAUGAAAUUGCAAGCCUUCUCCCAACAAGACAGAGCAGCAGACAGGAUAUAAUAAACUUUGUUGGUAAUACCAUGGUUAAAAAUCUGAAACCUGGGGUGAUUGAUUCUUAUUUAUCUGUCCCAAAACUAUUCCGAGAUGUACAUUUUUGUGCUGCUGACUGCUGACUACAAAAACAAAUUGAACAAAGAACCACCCUGAACACAUCCCCCACUA